AUGGAACCAGAGCCGUCCCUUACCGCUCUCCUCAAGGCUAUCACAGCCCUCACAGCCACAGUCGGGUCCUUGCAGGACCAAAUCAAAUCACAAGGCAAGCAAAUCACACAGCUCACCGCUAUAUGCAAGGAAACCAACAACCUUGUUGGUGACAAGGACCAGGGCGGAGCCCAAACCAAGCCUGGCCCAUCAACUGGGCCUGUCACCCCUCCUACCCACUCAGGAGGGGAAACCCACACUCCAGGCACGGUUAGGCCUGGGCUCAAGGCUCCCUUCCGCCCUUCAAGGGGUACAGGGUUUGACUCCAAGGAGAAAGAAGAGCCAAGGCAACCAAAAAAGAGCCUCAGGGAACGCCUAGGCGGGUCCAGCGUAAAAAGACCCAAGAUGGACCUCCCCAACCCUUAUAAAGGAGACAUUAGGGGACGCAAGGCCACGCAAUGGCUGGACCGCAUGCUGCUCUGGGUGGCCCUACACAGGGACCAAUUUGACAAGGAGGAGCAAAUGGUUGUGUGGAUACUUUACCACAUGACAGAAAAGGCAGCCGAUUGGGCACUCCCUGUCAUAGGAGCCAUCAUCAAGGGCAAGGGCAACCCGCCGACCACCAUCCCGGCCUUAACGGCCAAAUUUAAGGAGGCAUUUGCAGACCCUGAUGCCAAAAGGGCGGCUGCCAGGAAGAUUGCCGCGUUGACUCAGACCACAACCACGUUGGAGUAUGUCACGGAAUUCCGCAAUCUCAUGGCGGAACUCAACUGGAACAAGGAGGCAUAUAUUGCCCAAUUCACACGCAGUCUUCACUGGAAGGUCAAAGAACUCCUGUCUACCAAAGACAGUAUUCCCGACGAGUUAGAGGCUAUCUUUGCUGCCUCCAUCAAGAUUGACAACAUUUGUCGGGAGAACAAGGAGAACCGUCCCAAGAAGCUCCCUGCCAAGCCCUUGGCCACCGCGGCCACUACCUCCACCACUACCACCAGGGUCCGCCUAUCCGAGGAUCCCAACUACGUCACCCCGGAAGAAAGGGACCGCCGCCGCGCAUCUGGCCUUUGCGUCAAGUGCGGCCAAAAAGGGCAUGGCAUCAAACAAUGCCCUAAUGGUUGGAAAGCCACGAUCAAGGAAGUGGCCAAGUCCCUGGUCCCUAAAUUAGAUGUGCAUGUAUUGGAUUGCAAAUUUGUAUCUUUGGCUCUAGACUCAAAUAAGAAGCCUCUUUUAUUUAUCAAUCUCAAACUACACAACUUCCCAACGGAACACCUUAAAACUCUCAUUGACUCAGGAGCCACAUUGAACUUCAUCUCCCCCUUGAUUGUGGAAAAAUAUAAAAUACCAAAAACCCAGCUUGAAAAUCCACGAGUUGUGAGAAUGUUAGAUGGUACAAUUUCCCAGACUGGUUGCAUAUGGCACCAGGUUCAACUCGCGGUUUUGGCCAAUGGCCAUAAACACUCCAUUCCUUUCCUAGUCUGCCCCAUUGGGAACACCUCCGCUAUCCUAGGAAUGACUUGGCUCACAUCAGAAUCCCCACUCAUUGAUUGGCAUCAAGGGACAGUCACCUUCCCUGAACAAGCACAAAUUGCCUCCAAGGAAGAAGCGGACCCAGAUCCUCUAGCAGACCUCCCCCCUCAGUACCAUGAGUUUGCUAAAGUAUUUGGCAAAGAAGAAUUUAAGGUCCUACCCCCUCACAGGGAAUACGAUAUUGCAAUAGACCUUAUUCCCAAUGCCAAACUUUCCCCCGGGCCAAUUUACGGAAUGACCGACGCAGAAUCAAGAGCGCUAAAGCAGCAUAUUGAUGAAGAACUGGCCACAGGCAAAAUCCGUCCUAGUACCUCCUCUGCUGGCGCUCCAGUAAUGUUUGUCAAAAAGGCCAAUGGUUCCCUCAGGCUGGUUGUUGAUUACAGGAAGUUGAAUGACGUUACCCAUAAGAAUGUAUAUCCCUUACCAAGGCAGGACGACCUCAUGGCUAAACUUAGGCAUGCCAAGGUCUUCACAAAAUUGGACUUACGCUGGGGCUAUAAUAACGUUUGGAUCAAGGAAGGUGAUGAAUGGAAGACAGCUUUUAGGACUAAAUACGGCCUAUUUGAGUACCUAGUGAUGCCCUUUGGUCUUACCAAUGCCCCCGCAGCGUUCCAACACUUCAUGAACAAUCUGUUUAGGGACCUCAUCGACGUCACUGUGGUGAUCUACUUGGAUGACAUCCUGAUCUUCUUGGAAGACCCCAAGGACCACCCAACCCAUGUCAGGGAGGUCCUAUCACGGCUAUUGAGGAAUCAGCUGUUCUGUAAACUCUCUAAGUGCCACUUCCAUGUUACGACAGUAGAUUACCUUGGCAUUGUCAUUUCCCCAGCUGGGUUCUCAAUGGACCAAAAGAAGAUUGAGGCCGUCACUACCUGGCCCACGCCCAAAACCGUUAAACAGGUCCAAGCCUUCCUAGGGUUUGUCAACUACCUUAGGCGCUUCAUUCCCAAUUUCAGCUUGGUUGCCCGUCCCCUCCACAAUCUCACAAAGAAGGAAACCCCAUGGACGUGGGAAAUCCAAGAAGAAGAGGCGUUUCGGGAGUUGAAAUCUCUGGUUACUAAGUCCCCGGUCCUUAUCCACUCCAAACCUGACCAACCGUAUUACCUGGAAACCAAUGCGUCAGGAGUAGCUAUGGGAGCCAUCCUAAGCCAACGAGGGGAGGAUAACCGCCUUCACCCAAUUGCUUACAUGUCCAAGUCCUUCUCCAGUGCAGAAGCUAAUUAUGACACCCACAAUAAGGAGCUCCUGGCAAUUAUUAAGGCACUGGAAGAAUGGAGGAUAUUCCUGGAGGCAACGGAUAAACCAGUACAGGUGUUCACAGACCAUUGGAACUUAGAAUACUGGAUGCAGGCAAGGACAUUCAACCGGCGACACGCAAGAUGGCGCAUAUUCCUGAGCAACUUCAAUUUUGAAAUCCACUACCAACCAGGGAAACAGUCGGGAAAGCCAGACGCAUUGUCCAGGCGAUCAGACUAUGUUGACAACCCCUCAGAACCAGAAGUCAUGCUUCCAGCAGAAGUCUUUGCAAACACAUCUCAGGAAGAACUGGAGAUUGUCACAGAAGUACGUUCCAAACUAAGGGAAGAUCCCUCCCUGGAUUCCAUCAUCCAGUUCCUGACCAAGGAUGCCGACAAUGCUCCCCCAUCAAUAAGGAAGGCGUACAAGGAUUACGACUGGGAAGAGGACCUCCUCUGGUACCGGGGAAAAUUGGUAAUUCCAGACAAUGAACCCCUGAAGGAAAGACUCCUCAGAGAAUUCCACGACUCCCCCCUAGCAGGACAUCCAGGUCAGCAAAGAACCCUCGAACUCCUAAGUUGUAACUACUGGUGGCCUGGCAUGAAGUCUACAGCCAAAGAAUGGGUAGAAUGUUGCCCUAUCUGCCAAGCCAACCAACGCGCUCAUGCUCCUGUCAUCGCCCUUAAACCCCUAGAAGUUCCCCCUUAUCCGUUCCACACCAUCUCUUAUGACUUCAUUACAGGGUUUCCCAAGUCCCAAGGUCACAACGCUAUACUGGUGGUAAUAGACUCCUUUUCCAAAUUUGGCCAUUUUAUCCCCACUUCCAAGAAGGUCACAGCAAGGGGUCUGGCGGAUCUAUUCAUUACCCACGUCUGGAAACUCCAUGGGCUACCUGUCAAAACAGUCUUGGAUAGAGGAACUACCUUCACGGGAAAAUUCCUAAGGGCACUUUACCAAGUCAACCAGUUCAUCGAAUUUUACCUACGCUCCUACGUUGCAGCUGAUCAUUCUGAUUGGGCAGCCUGGUUACCUUUGGCGGAAUAUGCGUACAAUAAUGCCAAACACGCAGCAACGGGAAAAACACCCUUUGAACUGGUCUACGGACGAAGCCCAGUGAUGAACCCUUCCAACGUCCCAGCCAACGUACCAGAGGCAGACAAUGUAGCAGACACACUAGCCCGGGAAUGGAAGGAAGCCAAGUCAGCCCUCAAACUAAGCAAAGAACGGAUGACCAGGAACCAAGGAACAGUACCGGAGUACUUGAUAGGAGAGAAAGUCUGGCUAGAUGGAAAGAACGUAGAACUCAGGACCAAUUCAAACAAAUUGGACCCCAAACGUCUUGGUCCCUUCAAAAUCCUUGAGAAAAUCUCCAGCCACGCCUACCGCCUGGAACUCCCAGAAACUCUGAAAAUCCAUGACGUCUUCUAUGUUGGGUUGCUAUCAAAGAGCCACGAGUCACCAAGUCAACCAUUCCCGGAACGACCUCCCCCUGAAACAAUAGAAGGGGAGGAAGAGUACAAAGUUGAACAGAUCAUUGACUCAAAACGUCAACAAGGAAAGUGGUUCUACCUGAUAAAAUGGAAAGGUUACGGUCCAGAAGACAAUUCAUGGGAACCCAAGGAACUCCUGGAACAUAGUCAAGAGGAAAUCCAACGCUUCAACAAGUCACAACUGAAAAAGGCUUGUGACUCCGCCAAGAGCCUUUAA